GAAUUUUAUUUUCGGCCUCAAUUCUAGAUGAAGGUGAUGACUUCGGUUUGUCAAAUAUAAAUAUAAUUUGGAAGUGUCGAGAUGGAUGAUGAAGUUGACUACAUGUCUGAUGCCAUUUUGAAUGAAAUAGAAGAUGUAAAACCGGGAUUAUUUAUAUCACGAGAUGUCCAACGACAGCGUACAGUGGAGGCGAAUCGACGGAAAAACAAAUGUCUUUCCAAGUCGGAAAGGGAAAUCCAUCACCUCAAGGAAGGUUUAAAGAAAAAGGUUGGGCCUGAAAAUAAAGGUUUCAGUCUACUUUCAAAAAUGGGAUACGUUCCGGGUAAAGGUUUGGGAAAAAAUGCUACUGGGAUAGCUGAUCCUGUUUCUAUUGAAAUCCCUCAGGGUCGUGAAGGCCUCGGUUUCGCGUCUGAAAAAAACGAACGUAUGAUAUUUAGGGAAAACCUCAAACAACAAAUACAAAUGGCUUACAAAGAUGAAUUCCGAAGCACUAUGGCCGUGAGAUUUCGUCAGAACCGUUUGAACCGACAACUGGAUGUUGCCCGUCGGAUAUGUCAAGAUCUGGAUUUAAAAGAACUUAUUGAAACUCCGGUUCACGAAUCAUUCUGGCCACCUAUUGAUCUUGUUCCAACUGAGGUCGCUGAUAAUGGUAAAUAUGGAUCAGUCACUUCGAAUGGUUUUAAGUCUGUUAAAGACAGAAUUCCUAUUUUGCAGAUAAUGAUUUAGCCAAACUGGACUCGAAACAUGCGAAUUGUGACUACACUUCUGUCGAAAGAAAUUUCAUACAACUUUUGAAUUAUUUACGAAGUCGACAUAAUUAUUGCUUUUGGUGUAGCCUGCAGUACCAAAAUCAAUCUGAACUUUUAGAACAAUGCCCUGGAGAGGAUGAAGACCAACACGAUUAAUCCAUCUUACCUAAGAUAUUAUGUACAGACAAUUAAUUAUUGCAUAUAUUCUAUUAUACUUUGAGUUGUUGAUUCACAGCUUCACUUAUGUUUUAACAUAGGUUUGUUAUGAAUAUUAAAUGUACGUAAAACUGGUACAUAUGAAGAAAACUAGAUUCACAAACUUAUAUUGGUUAAAUAAGUUAGUUCAUAGUUUAAUUAUUUUCUUUGGUGAUCUGCCCACAGUAUACUUUCUUUAAGUAGUUGCAGUUUUUCUCCCUCGCGAUUGUCAGUGUCAUUUUCCUUUAUUUCUAAGAAAAAUAUUUUGGUACAGCACAGGUUCAUAAAAAUACCCUGAACAGAAUUUAAGUUGUUGUGAAGUGAAAAAGCAAAUCGUCGUAU